AUGGCGACAAUACUGAUUAUAUUUACUCUCAUCUAUGUGGUCCCGUUCUAUCUGUCCAGGACGACUAGGCCGUCACCAGCGCUCAAUCGAGAUGCCCCUUCGGUCAUCCGAGCCCGUAUCCAGACCGUCACAUUGGCCAGUGUGGUUGCUUCCACGGCAACUCUCUAUUUACUUGUUGUGACAGCGAAACUGACACCUAUUCAAUCACUCCACUUUCUUGGCUACUGGCCCCUCUCAAUCACCGAUUCGGCCAAGUCUUGCGCACUGGCUCUUCUCCUAUACCUCGGACCCUUGUUCGAGAAGAUCUUCAUCGAGGGUGACAUGACCGAUCUCCGUCGGGGUCGAAAAGUGGUCGAGUCAUUGAGCAGUUGGCAGGGUUAUCGAAACUAUGUCGCUGGUCCUAUCACCGAAGAGGUCAUCUUUCGUUCCGUCCUGGUGCCUCUGCAUCUGCUGGCAAAGAUAUCUCCCAUCAAGAUCGUGUUUCUCACGCCUCUUUUUUUCGGAAUCGCCCAUGUGCACCACUUUUACGAGUUCACGUUAACUCAUCCUCAUACUCCAAUGGUACCGGCGCUGCUGCGGUCGUUGUUCCAGUUUGGGUACACAACCUUGUUUGGCUGGUUUGCAGAUUUCAUUUAUCUUCGGACCGGAUCAAUAUAUGCCUGUAUCAUCAUCCAUUCCUUCUGCAAUUGGGUUGGUGUUCCUCGCUUCUGGGGCCGGGUGAAACGCAGGGAGCGGUACCCUCUUUCCCCGGUUGCGAUCAGGGGCAAGGACGACCCCGAUGCCAUCCAUGCGCGUGGCGGAGGGGAUGCCCUUGGUCUGAAGUGGACAAUAGCCUAUUACAUUUUAUUGGUGACUGGGGCACGUCUGUUUUAUAACGGGCUCUGGCCGUUGACGGCAUCGGAGGCUGCCCUUGCUCAUUUUUCAAGCGGCGAGAAGUUGAAAGAAUCCAAGCGGUGGUUCUCAUAG